GUUUCUUUUUUUCAUACAAUACAUUUCUCCAAAAUAUAAACACAAUUUUAUAAACAGAUAUAUACAAAUUAGAUUGGCCGAAAAACAAAUUACAAAUUUCAAGCAAUAAUGAAGACGAUACCCGACCGAUGGCUGGAAUAUAGUCCGAUCGGAGAACGUGUUCCGGGGACUCGAUUCAUAGCCUUCAAGGUGCCGCUACGUGAGCAUGUCAGCGCCAAAGUCAGCCAGGAGAAGCUGCGCCUGGCGCCCGAGUCGCUUAUGGAGGCUGUUCCCGACCUGGGACUCAUCAUCGAUCUGACCAACACGAGUCGUUACUAUAACCCGGAAUCGUUCACCUCCAACGAUGUGGAGCAUAAAAAGCUGAUGAUUCCUGGCAAGGAAACUCCAUCCAAGGACUUGGCAGAAAAAUUUUGUCGUCUUGUGGCCAAUUUUCUCGAAGACAAUGCGGAUAAUGAUAAACUGAUCGGAGUUCACUGCACCCACGGCGUUAAUCGAACUGGAUAUCUUAUUUGCUACUUUAUGAUCACCAAAAUGAACAAAUCGCCGUCGGAGUCAAUUGAGACUUUCGCUGCGGCCCGCGGCCACGAGAUUGAACGCCAGAACUACAUGAGCUCGCUGAGAAAGCUAUCGGGCAAGGAGCCCAAAAAGGAUCGCUCCACCUCCAAGGAGACCAGUGUGGAGAGCGACUACAUCGACGAUCAUUACGAUAACGGCCAUAAAAGUCAUCAUUCGCGCUAUGAGUCCAACGACAGGAGUCACUAUCAGAAUAGGAACUACCAAAACUACCAAAAUUACCAAAGGGGCCGAGUCUACAACCAACGAUAUAAUUCAAGAGGUAACUACUACAAUGGUUCUUACCAGAAUAACUGGCGGGGCAGAAGAGGAUAUCCUUCUAAUGGGGACAACCAAAAUCGCUAUUAUCCAAGAGACAACCACUAUUAUAAUAAUAAUUAUAAUAAUCGCUACGUGGGUAACAACAGGGAUUACAACAGUGGGGGGGAUUGGCGAAACUCUAGGAGGACUCCGUAUCACAAACCUUAUUACCAAAACAAUGGCUGGUCUCAGCAGAAGAACUGGCGACAGGAUCGCGACGAUCGCCAGCAAUAUCAUCGAUCCAGCAAUAGCUCCAACCAACGCUCCUGGAGGGACUAUAGUCGCGAUUAUUCCAAACGGGAUCGCGAUCACUAUGAUCGGGAUGAUUCCAAAAGAAGCUACCGAGAGAAGAGCUACUACAAGGAAGAUAGUGACUAGAUUAUAAUAAUAUUCUACAAUAUAUGUCUUCAAUAUAAUCUUUUUACAAUGUAAAAUCCCCGAACAAUGUUUUAAUAAAUUUCCAAUGACAGUUUGGCCAA